UUCUCGAGUGACUUUGGGUUUUGAAUGCUUGUUUCUCCUCUUCGAUUCUAUCUCAGCUUCUGGGUUCAAUUCAGGGUGCCAAAUGGGAGUUGAGGAUUCUUCUCUCGGAACCAUGUCGUCGGAGGAUAAAGUUGAUGCCUUGCUGGAGGCCGCAAGAUAUGAUGAUAUGGAAGAUAUUACGUCCUUAGUAUCCCAAGGUGUUUCUCUUGAUUCCAAGGAUUCCCAGGGCCGAACAGCACUACACAUGGCUUGUGCUAAUGGUCAUCUCGAUGUUGUGGAGUAUCUUAUCAGUAGAGGAGUGGAUCUGAAUGCUACAAAUGUGGAGAUGAAUACACCCCUACAUUGGGCCUGCCUGAAUGGACAUAUUGAGGUGGUUAAGAAAUUGAUCUUGGCAGGAGCUACUGUAGGUGUCCUGAACAGCUAUGAGAAGAGUCCAAUUGAUGAAGCUGUGAGUGGGCAAAAAAUGGAUGUUAUUGAUGCCAUUAAUGAAUCAGUGGCCCAACUAGAGCUUACUGGCAUCAGAGUGUCCUAAUGCAUUGCAGCUCUAAUGAAAUGUUGAUUAAGAGACCGUCCCAUAUGUGUCAUCCUUUUUUCCCCUUAUUGCAAGCUUGUAAUGUGAAACUUUUGGUUAUAAAAUUAUAAGAUUGCUAUUUCU